AGGCUUGGGGCCGCUCGCACUGCCCCAGACCGGUCAGGCUACUGCAUGCCUACAUCUGCACGGGGGAGCGAUCAGGACAGCCGGGGAUCCAGGGCCCACCGGGCCUGAUCCUGAGAGCGGCGGCUGCGGCUGCUGUUGCUAAGGGAGGGGACGCGCGGGGUAGCGCGACCCGAAAGGCAGAGGCACAGAGUGCGCCGUACCAGGGCGCCCCCUCCUCGGGACCCUCCCCGCGCUGCGCGCCGGUCGUGAAGGUGCCGCGAGAUCAGACCCCACCCCGGAGCAAGCCCCAAGGAGCGGUCGCAACCCCGGAGCGCCCCUGGGAUUCUUUUAUUUGCGAUUAGCCUUUCAUCGCUGGGACCUUCUCAAGGGGCCCGCUUGCUGCAGCCAUCUCCAAGCGCCUAGGAAGGAGGACCCUAGUUCGGGGAAGUCCCGGCCUCAGAAGUCGCAUCAAGGAUUAUAGGCGCCCGGCGGACCCCAGCCCCCCAGCGCGUGCCGGGGAUGGAGCCGCAGCCCGGCGGUGCCCGGAGCUGCAGGCGCGGGGCCCCCGGCGGCGCCUGCGAACUGGGCCCGGCGCCCGAGACGGCGCCCAUAAACCUGGCGAUCCACAGCACCACCGGAACCCGCUAUGACCUGUCGGUGCCGCCUGAUGAGACGGUGGAGGGGCUGCGCAAGCGGCUGUCCCAGCGCCUCAAAGUGCCCAAGGAGCGUCUGGCGUUGCUCCACAAAGACACCCGGCUCAGUUCUGGGAAGCUGCUGGAGUUCGGCGUGGGGGAUGGCAGUAAGCUGACGUUGGUGCCCACCGUGGAAGCGGGCCUCAUGUCCCAGGCCUCAAGGCCGGAGCAGUCUGUCAUGCAAGCCCUUGAGAGUUUGACAGAAACCCAGCCCCCAGCAGCGCCUGGGCCAGGCCGGGCUGGCGGAGAAGGCUUCCGGAAAUACAGAUUCAUUUUAUUUAAGCAUCCGUGGUGGCACCGACAGGGACCCCAGAGCCCAGAGAGGGGCGGCGAGAGGCCCCAGGUCAGUGACUUCUUGUCCGGCCGCUCACCAUUGACCCUGGCUUUGCGUGUUGGGGACCACAUGAUGUUCGUUCAGCUGCAGCUUGCCGCUCAGCACGCCCCACUACAGCACCGCCAUGUGCUGGCUGCUGCAGCCGCUGCAGCCACUGCCACCCGAGGAGAGUCCAGCAUAGCCACCCCCGUGUCCUCGACCUGCCGGCCGUUGUCUACUGCUGCCCGCGUUCCCCCAGUGCCCACUAGCCCUUCCGCAUCUGCCUCACCUGUCACAGCUGGUUCCUUCCGAUCCCAUGCAGCCUCCACAACCUGCCCUGAGAUGGAUUGCUCACCACCUGCCAGCAGCAGUGUCAGCCCUGGAGCCAGCACCCCUUCAACCCCUGGGAGCAGUCCUACCCCCCGCUCCCGAAAACCCGGCGCUGUCAUUGAGAGCUUCGUCAACCAUGCCCCGGGGGUCUUCUCAGGGACCUUCUCUGGCACACUGCACCCAAACUGUCAGGACAGCAGUGGGCGGCCACGCCGCGACAUCGGCACAAUUCUCCAGAUCCUCAAUGACCUCCUGAGUGCCACGAGGCACUACCAGGGCAUGCCCCCCUCGCUGACCCAGCUCCGUUGCCACGCUCAGUGCUCGCCCGCCUCGCCACCCCCUGACCUCAACCCCAAAACUACCUCCUGCGACAAGCUGGCGGCUGCACCACCAGCCUCCCUGCUGCAAGGCCAGAGCCAGAUACGCAUGUGCAAGCCCCCUGGGGAUCGGCUGCGUCAGACAGAGAACCGGGCCACGCGCUGCAAGGUGGAGCGGCUUCAGCUCUUGCUGCAGCAGAAGCGCCUGCGCAGGAAGGCCCGUCGGGACGCCCGUGGCCCCUACCAUUGGCCACCAAGCCGGAAGGCUGGCCGAAGCGACAGCAGUAGCAGUGGAGGAGGCAGCAGCCCCAGUGAGGCCUCUGGCUUGGGCCUUGACUUCGAGGACUCUGUUUGGAAGCCAGAAGUGAACCCUGACCUCCAGUCUGAGUUCGUGGUGGCUUAAGAUCCGGCACACUCACUCACCCCUUCUCAAGCUUUGGCCCAAGGUGGACAUGUGCUGCGUCGGGUUGCCACCACCAAGACAUCGCACAUGGCCCAGUGCCACGGCCCAACUCUGGAGGGCAGGUGGUCACCUCCCUCCUGACCCACCUACCAGCCUUUUUCUUUUUUAAAUUCUCACCCUGGUGGUA